AUAAAAGUAGAAGAGUCAUGCAGUAACCAAUAUUUUGUUGUCUGAAUAAUGAAUGACUGCAGGAAGGUGUAUUUAGUGUAUUAUUAUUUUUAACUCCGCAUUUUUAACAUAAUAAAUUAAUAUAUACUAAAAUGAGUACCGGAACACAAAAAGGAAAUGUACUUUUAUAUAAAGGUUCAAACUACCUUAAGCAACGCUUGGUUCUAUCAGUUUUAAGUGGAAAACCGGUGAGGAUAUGUGAUAUUAGAGUUCGUGAUGAUAUACCAGGAUUAAGAGAAUUUGAAGUUAGUUUGAUUCGAUUGCUGGAUAAAAUUACUAAUGGAACGUUAGUUGAAUUAAACGAGGCAGGAACCAGUUUGUAUUUUCAACCAGGACUUUUACAUGGGGGAAAGAUUGAGCACAGUUGUUCAGUUCAAAGAGGAAUAGGGUAUUAUUUAGAAGCUCUUAUUAUGUUGGGUUUCUUUUGUAAGCAGCCCUUACAUGCAGUUUUACAAGGUGUUACUAGUAAUAAUAUUGAUCCAUCCGUUGAUCUUAUUAAGUCUUCCAUGUUACAAGUUCAAAGGAAAUUUAUUUUUGAUGAUGAAGGUUUGGAUUUGAAGAUAUGUAAGAGAGGAAUGCUUCCUAUGGGAGGUGGUGAAGUUAUUUUUAAGUGUCCUAUAAGAACUAAGUUAAAGCCUGUUCAACUAUUGGACAGUGGUAUGGUAAAAAGAAUAAGAGGGACUGCAUAUGCUUUGAGAGUAUCACCUGCUAUGGCCAAUAGAAUGGUAGAGAAAGCAAAAGGUGUAUUACUUAACUUUAUUCCAGAUAUUUAUAUAAGUACAGACCAAUGUAAAGGAAAGAAUGCUGGUAAAAGUCCAGGCUUUGGUGUGCAUAUUUAUGCUGAAACUACCACUGGAAAUAUAUAUUCUUCGGAACAGGUUUCUAAUGUAGUUUCGAAUGGUGAAGAACCAUCAAUACCAGAAGAUUUGGGUAUAGCAGCUGCUCAAAGACUUCUCUACGAAAUUUAUUUAGGAGGUAUAACCGACUCCUCAUGCCAAGCUUUAGCAGUUUUAUAUAUCGCCCUAGGACAAAAGGAUGUUUCAAAAAUAGUUAUUGGGCCACUCACUGAUUAUACAAUAGGAUUCUUGAGAAAUUUGCGAGAAUUUUUCGGUAUUACUUUUAAAAUUGAACAUUUUGAGAAUGAUGACGAUCGAGAAGGAACAGGCGGUAGAAAAGUUUUAUUAACAUGUGUAGGAAUAGGAUAUUCUAAUAUAAGUAAAAGAACUAUUUAAUACAUUUGUUAAUUCAAAAGAAA